GCGGUCACGUGGGGGGGUGUUCUAGAACGCCGCUGCGUCACAGCGGGGCUCAAGGAGAUUCCGGGCGUCUCUCUGGCGGAGCGGAGCCGGUGCAACCGCAGCGUCCGAGGCCACCAUGCCCAGGGGCGGCCGCAGCGUGGGGUCCCGCCCGACUGCGACCAGCAGUUCAACAGCUUCUCAUGCUCACCCUCCCGCUCCUGCUCCUCCUUCCUCCAUGGCUACGCCAGCCCAGCCUCAGCAGCCGGGCUUGAUGGCCCAGAUGGCAACCACAGCAGCGGGUGUGGCUGUUGGCUCCGCCGUGGGCCAUGUGGUUGGCAGUGCGCUCACGGGGGCAUUCAGUGGCGACAGCAGCUCCUCCGAGCCGGCGAAAGCAGCUAGUAGCCCUGCCCAGGAUUCCAGGCAGAUGCCAGUCCAUCAGCAGCCUCAGUAUGGACCUUGCUUGUAUGAGAUGAGGCAGUUCCUGGAGUGUGCUACUAACCAGAAUGACUUGACCUUGUGUGAGGGCUUUAAUGAGGCCCUGAAGCAAUGCAAGCAAGCCAACAGUGUGACUUCCCUCUUGUGAAAAAAUGAGAAAGGUCAAUUCUGAGCAAGGAAAAUAACAGAGGACCUGGAUGUGGAAAAAACUGAACCUAAGAGGGACCCUGACUGGGAGAGAAAGGCAGAGAAUCUGAUCAGCUCAAUCAGUUUUUCUCAGUUGUAGAUUUAUAAGCAAGGAGAGGUUUGAAAUGCAAGGAUAAAUGGAUUUUUGUACAGAGGAGAGUCAAAUAAAAGCAGAUGGUUUAUUUAAAAUUA